AUGGGAACCGAAACUCUAGACACCGAGCCCCCUCCAUCCUACGAGGCCGCAACUGGGCAAGCUUCACACGAGCUCGUGGAACCAGUCAGCCUGGUGUUGAAUGGAAGGAAUAUCGUCGUUGAAAGCACAGGAGACGAUGCGCCGCUUUAUCAACUAAGCCGCAACAUAACCGCGCUGCCGCCAAAGAACAGCUCAUCGUCAAUCCACUUGCAUCGCGUUGAGUGGGGCGCAUCCGAGAAAACAAACGGUGACCCUGUCACGACUCACAUAUUCCAUCUUGUACACCCCGUCAACGCAGAUUUCCGAGAUGAUCUGCCACCGUACUACGUUACGGCCACCUCCCCAGAGGCCCUUGGCAACAUCAUCCUCGAGGCGAACAAACAUAAGCUCCAGAGAACCGGGUUUAGUGCAAAGUUGAGUCGGGACACAAAUUCUGCGACUAAGCCGCUGUUUCAUGCAAAGGACAAGCAACAGCUCGUCUUUGAUUCAAAGAACAGGAAGGGUGGGCAGGAAUGGUUUGAUCAGCAUGGAAAACUACUGGCGACUGAAUGCCAUAAUAACCAACUUCCGACGUUGACCAUUGAAACCCCCGUGCCUAGAAACACAAGGGAUGCGUUGGUUGCUAUGUGGUGCAUGAUGCUGUGGUAUGAACUGGCCGAGAGCAGAGGGGCCAAGAGAGAGCGCAAGUGUGACCCAACGAUUAUGUUCCUAAGAUGUCUGGCUAACAAUAUCUCGCAGUUCUAG